GUCUAGUCGUGCUCCCAUUUAGCGUAGCUGCUGCUUUCACUUGAUUGGUGGUGCUGAUGCUGGUGUCUUAACAAGACAAGAAGAUCGAUCGAUCACAAUGGGGAGGACUCCGUGUUGCAAUGCACAAGGCCUGAAGAAAGGAGCAUGGACACCCGAUGAAGAUCAAAAACUCGUUGCCUACAUCAGCGAGCACGGCGAGGGAGGCUGGCGCACCUUGCCUCAUAAAGCAGGUCUUUCGAGGUGCGGUAAGAGUUGCAGGCUAAGAUGGGCUAAUUACCUAAGUCCAACCAUUAAGAGAGGGCAAUUCAGUUCAGAUGAAGAGCAAACCAUUAUCAACCUUCAUGCUACUUUAGGCAACAGGUGGUCGGUAAUGGCGAGCCGUUUACCGGGACGAACUGACAAUGAGAUCAAGAAUUAUUGGAACACGCAUCUUAAGAAACGAUUGACUGAGAUUCGUAUCGAUCCAACGACACACAAGCCCACUGGGCCCACUUCUGAUGUUACUACCAACCACGUGACUCCUGUCAGAUCUUCCCCACGUGAGACCAACUAUUUCCCGUCCACUUGUUCCAGGCCCAUUUCAAGGUCGGCCCACAUUAUCAACAAAGUUGCCUCAAAGCUCGCGCCAUUUGGACGUCUCGAAGCUGUCCACUCAGUGCUGUCAUCAAACAGUUCUAGUACCACCAGCGCUGGUGGUGUUAACUGCAAUGACGAUACUGACCCUGAUGUGGUCCUUAAAUCACGGAUCUCCGUAUUCUCUUCGGGUUCGGCUAAGCUGCUUAACAAAAUGGCUACGCGGCUCGGCUCGCCACAGCUUGGGAUUAGUACACUAAAAUCCAUUUUAACGCUGCCUAAUAAAUCAGCUGAAGUUGGUCGGACUCGGAGCGAUGGUCAUAAUAUCGAAACAAGUGAUUCGCCUGAUUUAUUAAAUGAUUGGCAAGUUUUCAGUACCAAUGAUAGCGAAUGCGGUGGUGGCGGCGGCAUCGGCGGCGUUUCCGAUGUUAACUAUAACAUCGAGUCACCAAUGUCGAUACUAUAUUUGGAGUCGAAUAGUGAUUGUGUCCCAAGAUGUGAUUCAGAUGAGCUAUUUGGCACUUGCCAACAAGAGUAUUCUUUGUUUGGAUGAUUAAUUGUGAAUAGUUAUAACUUAUAUUUUAGAUUAAGAAUCGAGCACUCAAGCAGGAGCCGCUCAAAAGUUAAAACUAAAUUUAUUCCAUAUAAAUUUAGUCUUAAAAUCCUAAUUCUUAAGUCUAGUUGCC